AUGUCAGGUUGGUUCAUUACCAUUCGACCGCUGACGCUGGAACGCCGACGCUGGAACGCCGACGCUGGAACGCCGACGCUGGACCGCCGACGCUGGAACGCCGACGCUGGAACGCCGACGCUGGAACGCCGACGCUGGAACGCCGACGCUGGAACGCCGACGCUGGAACGCCGACGCUGGAACGCCAACGCUGGACCGCCGACGCUGGAACGCCGACGCUGGAACGCCGACGCUGGAACGCCGACGCUGGAACGCCGACGCUGGAACGCCGACGCUGGAACGCCGACGCUGGAACGCCGACGCUCGACCGCCGACGCUGGACCGCCGACGCUGGAACGCCGACGCUGGAACGCCGACGCUGGAACGCCGACGCUGGAACGCCGACGCUGGAACGCCGACGCUGGAACGCCGACGCUGGAACGCCGACGCUGGAACGCCGACGCUGGAACCCGACGCUGGAACGCCGACGCUGGAACGCCGACGCUGGAACGCCGACGCUGGAACGCCGACGCUGGACCGCCGACGCUGGAACGCCGACGCUGGAACGCCGACGCUGGAACGCCGACGCUGGAACGCCGACGCUGGAACGCCGACGCUGGAACGCCGACGCUGGAACGCCGACGCUGGAACGCCCGACGCUGGAACCGACGCGAACGCCGACGCUGGAACGCCGACGCUGGACCGCCGACGCUGGAACGCCGACGCUGGAACGCCGACGCUGGAACGCCGACGCUGGAACGCCGACGCUGGAACGCCGACGCUGGAACGCCGACGCUGGAACGCCGACGCUGGACCGCCGACGCUGGAACGCCGACGCUGGAACGCCGACGCUGGAACGCCGACGCUGGAACGCCGACGCUGGAACGCCGACGCUGGAACGCCGACGCUGGAACGCUGACGCCUCGCGCACCAGACUCACAUUCUCUGAUUUUCAAACGCAGGGGUCUUCAGACCAGAAGUCCUGGGCGGAAGUGGCGGAAGUAG